UGCAUAUGUUUACUGUUGCAGGUUUUGCAGAGAAAUCUUGAGAAGGAGUUGGAUUCUAUAAAUCGUCAAAUUGCCAAAAUACAGGAGGAACUCAAGAAUAUGAAAGACAUUGAAGCUCAAUUACAUUCGCACCCGCGCUCCUCUCCUCGCUCUCCUCCCCUCUCCCGUCCUUCUUUCUCUCAUCCCCAUAGCCACCUAUCCCACCAUCAGACACACACCCGUUCCGCGUCUGAGAUUCCCCCUCCUCUUCCUGCCCGAAGCCGUUCCCUCGUUUCCCAGAUAUCCGCUCCCAAUAUCUCCGGCUCCUUUGCCUCCCUCACCUGUGCCCCGCCUCUGCCCCCACGUCCCCCCCACCUGGAGAGGGCUGGGGAGGGAGGCCUAGCACAAAGUCUAGAGAACAUACAUAAGGUGCAGAGUCUCUCUCAUUCGGCAAGUUCUGUGUCAGAACCUGGUAGCCGGCCACCAUCGCACUACAGAGCCCUCUCAAGUCCUGAUCCCCUUGGUCUUCACAGCAGUCCAGGUCCAUGCAGAUUAAGUGGAAGUGACUCAGUCAGUGACUUAAGCCAGACAGGAUCAAAUACAAAUCGCAGUAAGGUAUCUUCUGUGUAUAAUGAAGAUAUGGUUCAGGGAGAGCCUCCUGGAACCCCCCCUCCACCAUACGGCUACUUACCUGCAGAUGAAGCAGAUGAAAAUUAUUCAGUAAUCAUGGAUGAUGUGAGUAUGAGGGAACAACUAGAUGUGGUUGCCAGAUUUUUGUAUGUGGAUGUCUGUUAUAAUCUUAGGACUAGAAUUGUCGUCUCAGAAAACAUAUGGCACUUGUGUGUGUGAUGACCA